GCCGGCCGGGGCGGUGAGGGCGCGCGCGGAUGGAGGAGGGGGGACCCGCGCCGGGCCCGGGACCCAGGGCCAGGCCCCGCGGUGCCCCCGCGGCCGCAGUGUCGCCGGACUGAGGCCGCUUCGCUCGCCGCCGCCGCCUUCCGCGGAACGAGUUCUGGGCGUUCUGCCGCAGCCGUCCCCGAGACGCCGCCGCUCCCCGGGCUGUGAGGGCCGAGCCGCCCUUCCCAGCUGCCUCGUCUGCCCGGCGUGAGGGAGCCUGGCCGUGGGGCAGGCCCGGACCCUCCCGUGUGUCGCCGGACGGGGGUUGGAGGAGCCGGUGCCGUGCUGAGAUCUGGGCUGACCCUCCCGGCGUGGCGGCUGGCUGUGUGUGCCUGGGGCUCCGGCUGGCGGGUCCCCACCCCGUGCCCGUGCGGUACACCGGAAGGACACCGGCUGUAGAGGUGCUGCAGGGUCUGGGGACAGCCCCGAGCCGCAAGCCUGGCAUGACCUCCGGCAGGGACGGGCCAGCGGCUGCGUUUGGAGGGUUCCUCGGCCUCUGCGGUGCUGGGGUCUGCCCUCCUGCCCUCUGUGCUUCAGAGUAAGGCAGCAGGGAGUACCUGGAGCCUACCCAGCUGCUGUGGACAGGGGUAGCUGCUCCCCCUUGGAGAUCUGUAUCUGCUCUCCAGCAGUGUGUUGUGUCCAUCUGUUCUUGCUUCUCGCCUUGAAUCUCUUAGAUGGGGUCACCCACACAGGUUACAGACCAUGGACACAGCUUCCGAGGAGAUGUGACCUGGGCCCCGCUUGCCACGUUGGCGCUGCAGAAGUCUGUGGGCAAAGGGCACUUCUUUUCCGUGCUUGCCAGGGCUGCCCUGGUGUCAGCCUGUACCAGAGGGGCUGAAGAUGCCAUCUCCUCUCAGCCAAGGAGGGCUUGAGGAUCCACCCACUGCCCUUUGGUGGGGGAAUGCAUUGGCUGGGCCACCUCUAGAGCUGUGCAAAGCAGUGUUCCAUCCUCAGGAGGGACACAAAUGGGCUUUGGUAAGGCUGAGCACCCUGGCUCUGGGUCCAGAUGCUCCUUCCCUGCCACCAGCCUCCGUGCCCAAUGUCCAAAGGGCUUGGUCGCCACCUCUGCUUGGCGGUGGCGUGGUGCUGCAGGGCUCAAUCUCCACUGCCUUGGCCAAGCACAGCCCUCCUUAUCUCGCUGCCUUCCAAGCUACUGGCGACAGCUGGCACAGGCAGAUAAAGGUACAAUUGCUGCCAAGCAGUAAAUCAUGUCUGCUGCCCUGCACUGCUCCUCUGGCCUGUCCUUGACUGCCUCGGCUGGGCAGUGGCAGUGGGAGUCAGAAGAGUGCUUUGCUUGCCUUGUUUUCCCCUCGCAGAGCUUCCUGCCUCUGCCAGCUCACCCCCCUUGUAGACUCUUUCCAUGACUCCUGUCUUUACUGGUCCCCUGGGAGGGAGGGACACAGCCCUGGGGGCUCUGUGUAUAAUUUUGCAUCAGGGUGCCAGCUGAAGGGCUGGAGGAGGGGGCAGCUCUGCCCCCCUCGUUGCCUUUGCUCUCCCUCCUUGCGUGUGGCUUUCCAGUACUGGUUUUUGGGCUGGGCAGGGAUUGGCUCCAGCACUUUCCUUGGGUCACAGAGUGACUCUAGGCCCCCGAUACCAUUUGCCAGUGUGGGCAGGGUCCAAGCAGUGCCAGGCUCAGCCUGGUGUUCCUGUCCCAGUGCAUCCCAUCUCCACCUUCUUUCCAAUGGGAAGAAGGUGGCUUCCAGGUUUCUGUUACUCUUUGUGCCAGCCUCAUGUCGCGCGGCAGCCACAGCCCCAUCCACCUGUGGACAGCAUGGAGGAGCAGGGUCUGCCUCCUGGCACCGUGGCCCCCACCCACCUCAGCGGGCUGGGACAGGGCUGGCUAACUCCCUGUUUGUCCCCGAACCGCAGGUUGGAGUGCCAGACGAGAGGGGCUGUGUGUCUCUGCUCCCUGCCCGGGGCCUGCCCUGCCCUCCGCCGGCGAUGGAGUAUGUGGUAAGGACUUCGGUGGAGGGCUAAGUGGCUUCGGUGGUGGAUCCUGCCUGCCUCCUCUGCCUUCUGGGAGGUCUCCAGCCUCUUCCCCACAUCUGCACUGGUAUCUCCUAACCCCCUCUUCAGAAUGAAGGAGAGGUCGCGUGCAGGAAUGCAUAAAUGUUGUUCGAUGCUGCUGUGAUGCAUGGGGGAAAAUCAGCUAUUGGCUGGAUUUGAGUGUUCUCCUUUGCUUCCCCCCUGCCUCAGAGGUUCAGCAUUGGCUGCAGUUGGACAGAGGGGGCCUCCUGCCCAGGGCAAGGUUUGUAUGUGUGGCCGCCUGCACCUUGCUGCGAUUUUUUGCCAAACCACUGGUAUGUUCCAGGCCUCUGACUCAGCUCCCAGUUUUUUUCCAGGGAAGAUGUUGGUAGCAGAGCCUUGAGCAUCCCCACUCUGCUUCUCUUCCUUGCCCCAGGUGGUGUGUGAAGUCCCAGUCGCGGGUGCCUGAAAGUAGUCCAGGUCCCUCUGUUUCUCAUGAUCCGUUGUCUUUCUGUGGUGGCAGGACACAAGGAGCAGCUGGGCCAGGACAUGUCCCCAGAGCUCCUUGGGGGCCGUGGUUGUGGCUGCUCUGCUCAUCCUCUGCUGCAGGGGCAGGAGCUCUGCCUGGCAAGGGGAAGGGCUGCAGCCUGUGGGAUGGGGUUUGGGACUGCCUGUUCAGGCAGGGCCGGUGUUCUGCACCUUUGCACAUCUCCAGGUUUGCCUUCUGCACUCAGAGCCCACUGGGGGGGAGCUCUGGUGACUUGAGGUAGACUCUGGGGCUGGGGGGGCUGUAAUGGUCCCCAAGGGCUGGGAGCUGUGAUGCAUCUUGUAACAGGCUGUUGAGUGGUGUGGGCAGACGGGCCUCGAAGGUUCUGAGAAAAUCAGGAAUUACUCUAGCUUAUAAAAGCAGAGAUGUGUCUGAGCAGGAGCUUCAGCUGGGAGGCUCGGCAGCCCUUUGCUGCCUGGAGGUGAUGGCUGCUCCAAGCCCUGGGGUGGUGGAAAGGGGCCAAGGAGACACUCCUGCCCCCUUGCAAUUCCCUCCUGCUCUCAUCCUGGGGAAGCAUUAGGGCUCACAGAGCUGCCGUGCCAGGCAAGCCCAGGCCCACAUCAACCAGUCCAUCACAGCCAAACCCCACUGCUCCGUGGCCACUUGAUGCUGCCCAGCCAGGCUCCCCUGGCAACAGGGCUGCACUGGCCCCUCACCGGGCCAGCAACUUCCUGGCUCCGGGCUUCCUGCUUUUCUUUAGAGGAGUGGUGCUGCGGCCACAGGAAGGUCACAGCACUGAACAGCCGGGGGCCCCUGGAGGGGACAGGCACUUUGUGGAGCAGCCAGCACAGGCUCUCUGCGCCUGUGGGACCACCGUGGCUGAGCUGGGGGGGCUGGCCUUCACAGAGCUAGUGUGCAUGGCCAAGGAGAUGCUUCAGUGACGGGCCCACUCGUGUGUGCCACAGCCCCUCGCAUCACGUAGGUGGCAAUUUCCAGCCCUGUUGUGGCUUUCCUUUCCCUGUCCUCAUGGCAGUGUGCCAGGCUUUGUGGCACACUGGAAGUGGGGCAGGCAGCUGCCAGUGCCAAGCAGUGCUGGGUGAAGGCUCCAGUCAGGGAGAGCCUUUUCCUUGGCCUAGAUUUACCCAGGUUUGGUUUGGUGGACAGAGCACUUGGUGGUUUGGAAGGAUCUGGCUUGUGAUGCGUCGGGGGUUGUGCUCUGUCUGAACUCCUUGCCUCGUCCUAGAGGGGAUGGGGGAGAGCUUUUGUCCCUCAGUGGGGCCAAGGCUGUGGAGGGCAGCACAGUCGGGCUGGCCCAAGUUCCUGCUGCGUGCACGUGCGUCGAGGAUAGGGCAACAGGGGAGACCUGCCCCUGAGCCCCCUGAUCCACAGGUGGGAGUUUCGCCCACCUCCACGAGGCUGAAGGGGCCAACUUUGCCCCCAGCACGUUCUUGCCGCCCGCUCCCGCUAGCUCCGCCUGUGACCUUGAUUUUUCUGCUCCAGAUAAGCGCUGCGUCCCCUCCCCUCGCCGGGAGCCCCUCCUGCGCUGCGCCCCAGCCCCAGCGCAGCCCGCGCCGCGGGCAGAGCCUGCCCCGCCGCCUGUGAGUCAGCACAGCUCUUCCGAUCAGCCGCAGCCCCUUCAUCUCUUCUCCCGGGAGGAGCAGCUGGGAUGCGGGAAGCAGCAGCGAUUAGCUGCAGCCUCUCCCACAGGCUCCCCACCACAGCUGGGGGUUUGUGCUGAGCCCUGCCUUGCCCAGCACACAGCCUACCUGUAUCCUGCUCCUGGCCGUCCUCCAGCCCUCCAGGGGGUCCACCAGCCCUCCAGGCAAGAUCUGUGCUCUCAAAGGACUGCAUGUCCCCGUAUUCCUGGAAGCUGCGAGCACCGGUGACAUCUCAGCAUCGCUGCUCCCCCCCGGCAGAGCCCGGCAAGCCAACAGCAGCAGCUCACCGCCGGCACGUGGGUUGCGUGGCGCUGGCUGCCACAGAAGGACCUCGCUCCCUCCUGGACAGUGCUCGGAGCAGGGCUGGGAUGGGCUUGGAUGCGCUCUGUGUCUGCCUCAUCUCCGGGCUUUAAAUAUUCAUGCUUUUGAUUUUCUCUUAGCGGGCAGUGGCACAGGGGCUGGAGUGAGCUGUGGGGCGGAGGGUGGCCGUGCUGAAACGAGCAGGGCAGAGGGAGCUGGAGCUGGUCCUGGAUGAAGACAAUGGGUUUUGUUGCUGGCCCGGUGUUGAAGUGGCGAGGGGCUUGAGGACCUCCAGGCUGGGGCCAGAGCACUCUGAGCUCCCCUCCCUGUGCCAGCAGCUCCCCAGGGUGUCGCUGCGGCCCCGUUUCCUCCCUGCUGUAGCGCGUUGCUCUCAGUCUGAACGGAUCUGCACGUCCUUGCUGCCGCCGAUCACGACUGAUCGGCUGUGCCUGCACGGUGCUGGGCAGCCCCUGGACCUGCUGCCCGGCGUCCCAGGCCCAGCCCUCCCUGCCAGCCAUGUGGGGCUGGCGUGGACCUAGCGCAGAGUUCAGCCGAGGCUUCUGCUUGGGGGCAGCUUCCCGGCGGCUGCAGGCACUCGGACUCUCUGUGGGGCCCCUGUGAGGCCCAGCUGGCUGCAUCCACCCUACUGCCACUCGGGACAGGGCGGCUGUGGCCCUUCUCACCUGCCUCCAGCAUGGAUCUCCUGCAAAAGAGCAAAUACAGCCACCUGCGGAACGAGUCUGUCUCCUCUCCGGAGGAGGCCAUGGCGGGCCUGGGAGUCCUGCCCUCCCCAGUGGAGUCCCUUGCAAGCAUGCAGUCUCUGCCUGGUUCCCUGUCCUCCUCCCUCAGCCACGCUGCACCUCUUGGGGAGCUCUCACCUGAGUUGGAGGAGAGCCCUACCACCCUCUGCUCCUUCUUCCCCAAAAUGGCCAACCUGAAGCUCUCCAAUCCCGCCAACUUGCUCAGCUUGCGGGGCUCUGCAGCCAGCAGCAGCCCAGGGGAGCCUGGUCCCCCUGGGAUGCCAGCACUAGUGCCAGGGGGUGGUGCCAGCCCCGGCUCAGUGAGACCUGUCACUGUCUGUUCCCAGGAUAUGAACAAGCUGAGCUGUGGGAAGAAGACGCGGGUGGAAGGCGGCCAGCUGGGGGGUGAUGAGUGGACCCGCCACGGCAGCUUUGUCAAUAAGCCCACCCGUGGCUGGCUGCACCCGGAUGACAAGGUCAUGGGCUCUGGGGUCUCCUACCACGUCCGGUACAUGGGCUGUGUGGAAGUGCUCCAGUCCAUGAGGGCUCUGGAUUUCAACACCAGGACACAGGUGACCAGGGAGGCCAUUGGGCUGGUAUGUGAAGCUGUGCCUGGUGCCAAGGGAGCCGUGAGGAGGAGGAAGCCCUGCAGCCGCUCCCUGAACUCCAUCCUGGGCAAGAGCAACCUGAAGUUUGCAGGCAUGCCCAUCACCCUGACCAUCUCCACCAGCAGCCUCAACCUCAUGGCCUCAGACUGCAAGCAGAUCAUUGCCAACCACCACAUGCAGUCUAUUUCCUUUGCAUCGGGGGGAGACCCGGACACAGCUGAAUAUGUUGCCUACGUUGCCAAAGACCCCGUCAAUCAGAGAGCCUGCCACAUCCUGGAGUGUCCUGAAGGCUUGGCACAGGAUGUCAUCAGCACCAUCGGGCAGGCCUUCGAGCUGCGCUUCAAGCAGUACCUGAAGAACCCUCCAAAGCUGGUGACCCCCCACGACAGGAUGGCAGGGUUUGAUGGCUCUGCCUGGGAUGAAGAAGAGGAGGAACCAGCCCCGGAUCACCAGUACUACAACGACUUCCCUGGCAAGGAACCUCCCAUUGGGGGGGUCGUGGACAUGCGGCUGCAGGAUGGGGCUGCUCAGACCCCAAAUCACUUGGGUGCCACACUGCCUGUUGGCCAGUCAUCCGGUGGGGAGUAUGACCCCCAGAAGCAGCAUGCUCCUGCCCAAGCAGGGAGAGAAAAGUACCCAGCUCCAGCAGGCACGUCUGGCCGCACAGACCUCUUUGAUGACCCGUCCUACGUCAACGUGCAGAACAUAGACAAGACACGCCAAGCUUCAGCCUCUGGCACCCCGGCCACAGCCAACGGCAGCACUCAGAGGGACCUCUUUGACAUGAAGCCCUUUGAAGAUGCCCUGCGUGUGCCCCCCUCUGUGCCUGUGGCGCUGCCCCCCGCCCAGGUGGUGGCCUCCAUGGAGGAGCAGCUGAGACGGGAGCCCUGGUACCAUGGGAAAAUGAGCCGCAAGGAGGCUGAGAAGCUGCUGAAGGUGAACGGAGACUUCCUGGUACGGGAGAGCACCACCACCCCGGGCCAGUACGUGCUGACUGGCUUGCAGGGUGGGCAGCCCAAGCAUCUGCUGCUCGUCGAUCCCGAGGGAGUGGUGCGGACAAAAGAUCAUCGCUUUGAGAGCGUCAGCCACCUCAUCAGCUACCACAUGGACAAUCACCUGCCCAUCAUCUCGGCCGGCAGUGAGAUGUGCCUGCAGCAGCCAGUGGAGAGGAGACUGUGAGCGCCCGGGGACCCCAGUGCACGGCACCCCCAAUGCACAGCCCUCUGGCCGUGUUCGUGCCCCAGGGAGCCCUCAGACUCUUCCAGGUGCUCCACCCAGGACUGAGCAUGGACUUGGCUGAGGACAGGGCCUCUCUCCUUUCACCACACGGAGCUGGUGGCCAUGGGGGGCUCAGGCUGUGAGUGCCUGCAGGGUAGAGAACGGUUCUUGCAAAGCCCAUGCCUCUCCAUCUCCAGCCUUUGCAGAGCAGCUCAGCUCCUACCAAAACCCAGCCCUGCUGUUGUGCCACAGCCAUUCUUGUGCUCACCAGCACGGGCUCAGGACUGGCAGGCUGAGCCCCCCGAGCCAGAGGCAGCCUGUCCUUAUCUCUGGCCCCUGGGCCAAGGAGGGGGCCCAUGGGGGGCUCCGCUCCCCCAAGCACGAGGCCCUCGACUGUACCGGAUCACUUUACGUGUUAACUCUGUGCCUUGACCCCGCAGGUCCCACACUCUUAUGCAAGGGCAGGGGCUGGUUACAGAGCCUCCCCCGUGCUCCCAGCACCCUGUACCCCCUCCGUGACAUGCUUGUGCUCCAGGACACGUGCCACCACGUCCCCUUCCUCCCUGCCCGUCCCAGCUGGGCAAGGGCAACUCUGGCAGCCCCGGGGGUUUGGCGGGAGGACCCCCUGCAUGCACAGUGUAACUCCCCCAAGCCAAAGCGCAGCCCCGCCCCUCGCAGCCCCAGGCCCCUGCCCCGCUAUACCAAAGGAACUGGCGGUUGUAUUAAAGUUGGUAUUUCUCUA